AUGGACGAACGGAGCCACCGCUUUGCCCGCAUCCUAUCCGUCGUGGGUGCUGCAGUCGUCGCGUUAGCUUGCGGGACCAACUACGCGUACUCGGCAUGGGCGCCGCAAUACGCCGAGAGGCUCCAGCUCUCUACUACCCAGAGCAACUUGAUCGGUGUUGCUGGCAACAUCGGCAUGUAUGCUUCUGGUAUACCGGUGGGCAUGCUGGUCGAUAGGAGUGGACCACGACCACCCGCGCUACUUGGCGCGGCAUGCCUGGCACUCGGAUACUAUCCGCUUCAGAAAGCCUUCGAGAACGGCCCCGGCUCCAUGAGCGUAUUCCUCAUGUGCUUCUUAAACUUCUUGACCGGAGUGGGCAGCUGCUCCGCAUCUUCAGCUGCUCUCAAAACCGCCGCAUUGAACUGGCCGCACCACCGCGGAACAGCCACGGCUUUCCCUCUCUCAGCAUUUGGCCUCAGUGCCCUGUUCUUCACCACACUCUCAAACUUCGCCUUCCCAGGAGACACCUCCAGCUUUCUUUUGAUGCUCUCGGUGGCUACCUUUUGUAUGAUUUUCGUCGGCAUGUUUUUCCUUCAGGUUGUCAAGGGCCCGGCGUCAUAUACCGCUCUUCCAGGAGGGGAGAGGCCAGGCCAUACCCGUAACAUUUCGAGUUCUUUCCAGCGCCCAAAGUCCAGGGAUAGCGAUUACGUUGGCAAAGGCGCGCAGCAAGAAAGAGACGAGGUGCAGAUUCGUCCUCAAUCAUCGGCGUCCGAUAGAACCUCCCUUAUGUCCGAAACUGGGGAUAUAUCUCCAGAAGACGACACCAAAAGUCAUGGUAACCACUCACAUCGAGCAGAAAUUUCAGGUCUUGCGCUGCUUCGCACCGUUGAAUGUUGGCAACUCUUCAUUCUGCUAGGCCUUUUGACGGGCGUUGGUUUGAUGACAAUCAACAAUAUCGGCCACGAUUCCACGGCGCUCUGGUCCCACUACGAUGACAGCGUCUCCAAGGAAUUCAUCGCGUCAAAGCAACUCUUGCACGUCUCCAUCAUUUCCUUUGGUUCUUUUCUUGGACGCCUGGGCUCUGGGAUCGGGUCGGACUUCCUCGUGAAAAACCUGAACAUGUCGCGCUUUUGGUGCCUCGUGACGUCUGCAUCCGUCUUCACCCUGGCCCAAUUCACAGCCAUAAACAUAGAGAACCCGACGCAUCUCUGGAUCGUCAGCACGCUCACCGGGCUCGCUUACGGAGCCCUGUUCGGCGUGUUCCCGGCUGUAGUCGCCGACGCGUUCGGCGUGAACGUCAUGACGCAGAACUGGGGUUUCAUGACGCUGUCGCCUGUGAUCAGCGGGAACAUCUUCAACCUGUGCUACGGGCGGGUGUACGACCACCACUCGACGGAGCUGGACGGCGGCCAAAGAGAGUGCACCGAGGGCCUUGACUGCUACCGUGGAGCCUACGGGAUUACGUUUGCGGCAAGCUUGAUCGGCCUGCUGGUCACGUUAUGGAGCAUCCGGCAUGAGCACCGGGUCAAAAGGAAAGAGCGAGAAGAAAUUGAGUUUGGCAGCCACGACGCCUGA